CUGAAUCCUGAAUUACGUCACCAUCAGCACCAAAAAAAUAUGAUGUAGAAUGUAGGUGACAGUUUGGUUAAUAAAAUAUUUAUUUAUAAUUAGGUUGACUGUUUUUAUAAUACUAUUUAACGUAGUGUAGUAUUUUUUGUAUAUUGAUAGCAUAAAAAAUAUUUACGUUGUAGAUAGACCUAAACCAAGCAUGGCAGAUAGAAAAGCCGAAUUAGAACGUAAGAAAGCAAAAUUACAAGCUUUAAGGGAAGAAAAAGAUCGCAGGAGACGCGAGAAGGAACUAAAGGAAGUUGAAGAGGCGACAAAUAGGACCAUAUUGGGUGGUGGUGGCGAUAGAAAAGAGCUAGAUGAUUUACUUCGAGAAGUUGGUGUAGCUCCCGUAUCUGAAGUUUUUUCUAGUAUUUCCAGUGCUAAUUCACUUACUCCAGAACCUAGUAGAAAUCACACACCAGAUACUUCUUUACAACCACAUAGUUUACCAAAUAAUGUUUCAACAGCUAAGAAAAAGAUUCCCCAACUAACAGUUGUUCCAGUGCAAACUACAAACAUUCCUCCGAAGGAAAUAGUUGUUUACACAAAACAAACCCAGACAACAACGACUGGUCAUGAUGUUAGAGACGAUUUUGGAUUUUGGAAAAAGUCUUGCUACAUGGAGGACUGGUGGAGGCCCAGGAAAGCACAUGCGACCGAUUAUUACGACGAGUACAAUCUUAAUCCUGGUUUAGAAUGGGAGGAUGAGUUUACAGUUUUGACGUAUGACGAUGGGCAAGAAGGCGAGGAUGAAGAGAGCAGUCUACCGCCACAUCUUGGAGGAUAUGGAGGAAGCAAGCUGCCGCCCGGGAUAUUACCACACGGACUUCCCCAAGUUAAAGAAGUUCAACCAGCCGUCACUGCGUUAGAACAAGAACAACGUAAAGAGGAAGUUAAAGAAAUUCGAGAAUUGAGUGAAGAGGAAAAACAGAUGAUUAUUCUCUCCGAAGAAUUUCAACAUUUCAUCGAUAGAACAGGACGAAUUAUGGAGAGAGCUCUGUGCGAAAGUGUGGAUAUUUAUAUGGAUUAUACUGGUAGCUUAGGAGAGGAAGGACUGGACGAAAAAUCACAUCAACGUAUUUCAUUCCAUCGAAAUUUCUUUGACGAACGAUGGUCACGUAACCGUACUGUUACCUCACUGGAUUGGUCACCUCAAUAUCCCGAACUUCUCCUGGCAGCUUAUAAUAAUAACGAAGAGUCUCCGAACGAUCCGGAUGGCGUAGUUCUUAUUUGGAAUACUAAAUUUAAGAAAACUACACCAGAGUACGUUUUUCACUGUCAAAGUGCUGUACUGUCAGCCACGUUCGCUAGAUUUCAUCCCAAUUUGAUAUUAGGUGGAACUUAUUCCGGACAAAUAGUGUUGUGGGACAAUAGAGUGCAAAAAAGGACACCCAUACAAAGAACGCCAUUAUCGGCGUCAGCACAUACUCAUCCUGUAUAUUGCAUGAACGUUGUUGGCACCCAAAACGCACAUAAUCUUAUAAGCAUUUCUACUGAUGGUCGACUUUGUUCGUGGUCUCUCGAUAUGCUCGGCCAACCUCAAGAAAUUCUAGAACUCCAUCGAAUGCAAUCUAAACCAGUUGCAGUUACUUGUCUAGACUUUCCCCAUUCGGACGUUAACAAUUUUGUGGUGGGAAGCGAAGAGGGUUCAGCAUAUUCUGCAUACCGACAUGGGAAUAAAGCCGGUAUCACCGACACAUACGAUGGUCAUCAAGGACCUGUUACUGGAAUUAGUGUAAAUGGUGUUCAAGGAGGUAUCGACUUUUCUCACAUGUUCCUUACAUCAUCAAUAGAUUGGACAAUUAAACUUUGGAGCCUUAAGGAUUCUAAACCAAUCUACUCAUUUGAAGAUAAUGGAGAUUAUGUUCUCGAUGUAAAAUGGUCCCCGACGCAUCCGGCUUUAUUCGCUGCCGUUGACGGAAGUGGCCGAUUAGAUUUGUGGAAUUUAAAUCAAGAUACAGAAGUGCCAGCAGCUAGUAUAAAUGUAGAAGGAAAUCCGGCCUUAAAUAAAAUAUCUUGGACACCAAACGGAUUGCAGGUUACAGUUGGUGAUAAUCAAGGGAAGAUAUGGGUCUUUGAUGUAGCAGAGACUUUCGCACAUCCGAGGCACGAUGAAUGGAAUAAAUUUCUUUAUACAACACAAGAAUUAAGAAAUAAUCAAGUCGACGACGAAUUGGAAAAAUUAAAUAUGUCAGUACCGAAUACAUCGUUAGGUAGCAUGAGUUCUUUAUCUUUGACUCCACUUCGAUGAAAUACUAAUAAGAAUAUGAAAAUAGUCUAAUUAUUCAAAUAUCUAAAACGCCUAUUCAAGUAUAAAAAAAUAUUAUAUUUUGUUGGAAAGAUUCAUAGAGUGUCCCUGCUCGAAUUAACCUAAUUUUAAAUAUAUAUCAUUAAAUGAUAACAUAAAUUGAUUGUAUAUUUGUUGGAGGGAUACUCCAUGUAACAUAUAAAUUUGCUUAAUAUUUUUUGUUCAUCUUUUUCCUACAAAAAAAAAUAAUUGGGUUUAUUAAAAAAAUAUUUUUAUACAAAAUAUCUUUAAAAGUGUCAUGAUUGUUUAUUGAUCUAGAUUUAAAUUAUCCAAAAACUAUUUGUUACCUUUCAAUAUUAGAAUAGAAAAUGACUGAAAGACAAAAAGUUUCACAACCCUAAUCUGUUUGGUGAAACUAUUUUUUUCCAGGCUUUUGUAUCACGACCAUACGCUAGCCGUAUUCUGGACAGUGUAAAACUCUUGUUCAUUUCCCAAUUCACUCUUAAUGAUGAUUCUAUUUGCUAUUAUUAAAAAGAUUGUUUAUUUAUAGGCGAAAAAAAUAUAAAUUAACAAAAAAAUGUAAUUAAUUUAUUUAAAAAAAAAUCAUAUUUUUUUGGAAUGUUUCCAAUACAAAAAUACUGAAUUCUUUUCACGCAGUUUUGUAUUGUUUAAUUUUCACUGCAUCUGAAGAUAUAGAAGACUUUUCAACGUCUUCAACAGCUUUUUUCUGAUAACGAUCCUUAGAAAAGCUUCCACAUCUACGGGAAGGCUUUUUAAAUCUGGCAUUGUCUGUUUUUUUAUUGAAUCUUUUUUAGGAAUAUUACUCCAAUCAGGAGCUUCUGCUGGCAAUCUUGAAGUAAACAACAUCCGCAUGUUGAUCUCAGUUACGUUCGGCCAUCUUGUUAGUCUUUUCUCCGAGUAAUUGGGGCAUAAUUUGUCGAUAGUAUCCACUCUUCCUUUGGUUGUAUUUUAAACCAUAACACGUGUCAACACAAAAUUUUACUUUGACUCUAAUGUAAAUUUCGAUAGUUUCGUAAUUUUUCGUAAUUACACGAAAAUAUAAAAUAUAUAUAUAUAUAAAAGAGAAUAGUUUGCUUUUGUAUUUAGAAGACCAACUAAACCAUAUUUUUCAAAAUUUGUGGUUUUAAUGUUUAAUUGAAGAUAGACCCAUACAAAUAAAUAUAAAAAGUAAAAAAUACUUUCAUAAGUGUACACGUUCACUUUUUCUUUUAUAUUUAUAAAUACUUUCUCUCAAUAAACUCCAUAUAAAGUCUCCCAUCAUGUUUUCAUUGUAUUGGCCUUGAUAACGCUUUUCGAAGUUCAUAAUUUUCUGAUGAAAACAUUCUCCUUGCUCUUCUGAAUACGCUCCCAUAUAUAUUUUUAAAUUUAUCGAAAUGGUUAUGAAGCAUAUGAAUAUUCACUGACUUCCAGCAGCUCAUGGCAUUAACAUUUUUUAGCAUAUCUUCAACUAACUUUUCGUAGCUUUCACUUUUUUUGUUUCUUAAAAAUCCAGAAACGACUACUUUAAAACUGUUCCGACUUGCUUUUUGAAUACGAUUCAGUAACUUUGGAAAUUCUUCAUCUUCAAUUUGUCUAAUUUGCGGACCAAGAAAAACCCCAACUUUAACCUUUGCUUCUAAUACCUUAGGAAAUAGAAUAUUAUAUAACAAGAGUUGUAAGUAACCCAUUACUCACGAAGUUAAAAAUUUUAUGCACGAAGCCGCGCAGAGGCGAGUGCAUAAAUUUCAUGAGUGCGUAAUGGGAUUACAACUUGUGUUACGUACUAUACCUUUUCUAUGCCCAUUCAUUUUUUUCCAUUAAAUAAAAAACAUGCUACUUAAGGAAACGGGUCCUAUUUUUAAAGAAAUUGCAUAAUGUGCUGCCUACAUUUAGGGGCAGCACUCUUUCAAUCCUAAAUAUAUCUCGUUAAUGCUAAAAGUGUUUAUGUUUUUUAAUUGACUAAAUUUGUGCAAAUAGACCAAAUAAAGUCUUACGUAAAUAAAAAUUUUUAAUUUAAUUUAACCAAGAAGUUUAAGUUUUCUUCUCAAAACGCAAGUGUAUGUCCGCUCUGUUGUCCAGUCAUUUCGAAAUCUCCAAUCGUGAUACUUUACUAUGUAAGCAAAAUUUUAACACUUUCAUCAUCUUCUUUUAAAUGUACUGAACGAGAAAUUGGAAGAGAUAGGAAUUUAUUUCCGGUGUGUAAUAAAACUGGUUUUAAGCUUUAUGUAGAGCCGUCAAUGAAUAAACGCCAUUCGCUAGGAAUACAAGGUAUGCCAAUUUCUUCGAAAAUACUUUUUAUGUCGUUAAAAAAACCAAAGUCCAUCUUAUUUUGUAAAUAACGUUAAAAACGUUUCAUGCCUAGUUUGCUGAUCUGUGAUAUUAACAUCAGUAAAUAAAUUCCACUGUUUUAAACGAGAGCCUUAAAUCUCUACUUCAUUUUUCGGCAUAAUCAUAUCUAUUAUCAAGUCGUUAAAAUCUUCUGUAGUGUUAAGAUGGUAUUGUGGUGGUUCUGGUGUAGGUGAAAAUUCGUUAUCUAAAUUACUUCUGUUAGAAUUAAGAGAGAUGGAUAUUCGAUAGAUUUUGCAUUUUUUCCUUUACGUCUUUUACUCGAAUUUACAAUGCAAAAAUAGCAGUUAUGGAUCUGGUUUUUGUGUUCUCGACAGAUUCUUGGUAUUGCAAAAUUCAUAGACCUUUUUUCACUUCGAUACCAACCUGGAAUAGAGAAAUAAAAAUUGAUAUGUAUAUAAGAUUUGAUUUAAUGAUAAAUUAAAAAUUGCUCUCCUUCCAAACAUCUUUUACAAUAAUCACAACCAACAUGAGGAGGUCAUGACUUGUCUUUAUACCGAACAGGACAGUCAAAACAUGCUUCGUAGAGUUCACAGAGAACGUAAGAUGUCUCUUGUUCAUAUUUUAUGACCACAAAUGAAUCAGAAUGCAUCAGCAUUAUAUUUUGACAUUUUAACAUUUUCUAAACAUCUGAUCGUUGUUUAUAAAUCGAGUGCCAUAUUGAGGCACCCUACUCUGAUCUCGCAGUAUUAAUAAAUGUAUUAUAAAUAAUUGAAAUUUAUAAAAAAAUUUGGAAAAUGAGUAUUAUUUCUAUAACUAUCACAAAAGCAAACUUAAUAUCAAAAAAAGAUAUUUUCUUCUUGUUUUUGUGUAUACUUGACCGAAAAAUAUAAUAUAAACUUUAGGACAAAGAGCGAACAUUUUUUUGUUGACUUGUGUAAUCAUUAUUCUGCAUAACUAGUUGAAAUAAAAACUACACAUUUAUUUUUCUGCGUUGUAUAUGAAACUAUUGUCAACCCCUUUUUGGAAGUCUAUUUAUUUUUCCUCAGGAUGCCCAGAAAUAUAAUUUUCUUAACCUAAAAACUUUCAAUUAAAUCGACAUUCGAAUGCCAAUAGUCAGUCAUUCAGCUAUCAUUAUAUCAAUUCAUCAAUUUGUCAAUAAAGAAUGGGAAAAACAGAAAAUUUGAACUCUAGGCCAGUAUAUAAAAGAUACAAUAAGUUUAUACACAUUUAUUUGAGAAACCAGUUAAACAUAAAAAUUAAUUAGCUUUUCCUCUCCUAUUAAAAUAAUUUUUUUAAAAAUUAACACAGCAAAGUCUUUAUUCAAAUAAAAAAACUUAUAGGCAACAGUGAUGGUAAAAUUUGAAAGACUACCUAAAAAUAGAAAAUUUAAAACAGUAUUGUCAUAGCCAGUUCCUUUUGGCAUUAGAGUCGUUUUUUUCCAAAAUGGUCGUUAACUAAGUGGCGUACUUUAUUAUAUGUAGUGUACCGUCACAAUUACAAAUUUAUACUUUUAUGAAAAUUGCUUUUAAAUGUAAACAGUUAUAUCUCUCUAUAUUGAGUGGUUUAAAGUUUCCUAACUAAAUAUCUUUGGUUUGUAUUUUGACAUAUUUUUAUUUCAUAGUUGUCUUUACAAUUAUAAGUUAUUUUUUUCAUCAAAUAGAACUCGACGUACUGAGAAUAUCAUUUUUUUAGUGAACCAAAAAAAAUUGAAAGUUUAAAAGUAUUGAAUCAAUUGAAAUAUUUUCCUUGUGUAUAUCUACCUGUGUUAUCGACCAAGCUGAGAGGUAUAGUCAAAACAUAUAGAUUAUUGAUGGAAAGUGUAUAUUUAAAUUUCCCUCAUUUAAAAAAGAACUAGUUUCCUGUUUUGGAAAUUAUAAUUCAGUCAAGAUUAUUAGUGGUUAUAUUUUUCAAUGUGACAUAAGAAAUUUUAUUUAUAUGUUACAUGUUUCUUCUAUAUUGUAUACAUUAAGAAAGGAAUCAACAUAAUUUAAAUCUGGAACAAUUAAGUUUUGUAAAUAUCGAACUUUAACCGUACUUAAAAAAAUGAUAUUAUUUUUUUUGUAAAACCGCUAAACUAAUGUUAAAAUGGCUCAGUUUGUGAUUAUUUUAUAAAAAAUGCUUUCGUAUACAUAUAAAUUUUUUUGUUAGCUUAGCGCUACUAAGGAACUUCUAUACGCUUAUACUAUUUCAUAUUAUAAUUUUUUUUCUCAUUUGCUAACGGUAAUUUGUCAAACUUGAAAAUUGAAUGGCGAAAUUCACUAUAAGCAAAAAAUAUUGACAUUUAUAAAUUAUGCGUUCGACGUUAGUCUAGAUAAUCUCCAUAAUUUUAAAGAGGUGUAACUAUAAAUAUAAUUGAAAUACGAUUUUAGGUUACAUUUUUAUUAUUUAUUCCCAUUAUAGUGAUACAAUUCAAUAGCAAUUUACAUUUUCUUUUCGAUACUUUUACCGAAUAUAAUUUUAUUAAACAUUGUAACUAAUAAAAAUUUUUGAUUU